AUGUACAAUGGUUUCUCUGGGCACAAAACGGGACUGCUCUUCCUCCUUCUGAUAGUGAUCACAUUCAUACAAGGCGGCCUGUGGUCCGGGCACAAAAGGAGAAGCAGUAGCUUCCCAGAGGGCAGCUCUAUCAUUUCAAGUGCCUCCAGCAUCAUUUCGUUCCGCCGAGGCCAUGGUCGGGUCGCGUUGAAGGCACACCCCAUUCCGAAGCUCAUGCUGGACGCUGAGAUAAAGUUCAGGAACGUGUUAUCAAGACAAAGCAAAACACUUCCGGAGGCUGUCGCAGAGUACAAGCGAAGGUAUGGUCGGAAUCCGCCUCGGGGAUUUGACGAUUGGUGGCAAUUUGUGAAAGACAAUAAUGUUGUCAUGGUCGAUGAAUAUAACAACAUAAAUGAGGACCUCGCCCCCUUCUGGGCUCUGUCUGGCGAGGAUCUACGAGAGCGGGCUGCGCUGGCUGGACAUUUACCCUAUGUCGACCUGAUACGAAUCAGGGAUGGAAAAGCUACUGCAGUGAAUAUUCGAGACGGGUCCGACGGCGAUGGCGUUAGUGCGCGCGCCCGAGGGUUUCUCCUGAUGAUUGAGAAAUUUCGAGAUAAACUUCCUGACCUAGAUUUUCCAAUCAAUGCGAUGGCCGAGGGCCGUAUCCUCGUUCCAUGGGAACAACGGAUGUCUCCUAAUUAUACUCGGCAAGCUGAUGCAGUGCAAGCAGAGCUCAGUGGAAUGUACUCUCCUGACUGGCGAGGGGAGGGUAACGUUUGGGAGGCCUAUCGCCGAACAUGCGACCCAGGAACACCUGCUCGUCGUCUCUUCAGUGCAUUCCGCGCCUCAUCGACCCACCAGACAAGCCAUCUUGCUGCACAAACACGGGAGGUUUCCUUUGUGUCAGACGUGAGCGGGAACUAUUCAUUCUGCCAAAACCCAUGGGCGCACUACAACCAAGGACAUUUCUUCUCGGACUGGCGCACGAUACCUGUGCUCUUUCCUAUGUUCUCCCCUGCGCAAGCCCCAGGAUAUCUCGAUAUUAGAAUACCCAGCCAUUAUUAUUAUGGACAAACUAGACGGUACUCUUAUGGUUAUGACCCAGUGAAUCUGGCGCUCAAAGAGGUGGAUCAUAUGGAAACCCCCUGGGAGAUGAAGGAGGACAAAAUCUUUUGGCGGGGCGCCUCCACUGGAGGCGGUAGUUCGCCUCCUGGGUUUGCUGCUCAGUAUCAAAGGCAUAGAUUAGUGCGAAUGGCAAGCGACCAAUCGAAUACAACGCGUACUAUUGCGUUCGCUGACCCUCCAGGCUCUGCCAACUAUAUUUAUGCUGAGGUUCCCGUGCACAAACUCAAUGACGAAGUCAUGGAUGCUGCCUUCAUCAAGGUAGUCGAUUGGUAUAACUUUCCUGGAGGGCUCGACGCGCUUAUCAGCGCGCAUCGCGUUGACGACAGCGGCGUGAAUCUGGGUGAUCACUGGAGACAUAAGUAUUUGGUAGAUGUAGAUGGCAUGGGUUACUCAGGUCGUUUCUUCUCUUUCAUGGAAUCAGACAGCGCCGUGAUUAAGUCUACCGUAUAUCGAGAGUUUUUCAGUGAUUGGAUUCAGCCAUGGCUGCACUAUAUACCUCUGUCUCAAUCAUACCAGGAGCUCUACAACAUACACGCUUUCUUUUCCGGCGCGACACAAGCUACGCUUCAGGCUGCUAAUUCGACAGCACUACAGCUCCCCCUUUCAGAGAGACGGAGUAUCGAUGGGGAUAGGCGGUUACGUCGCAUUGCUCGUGCCGGGAAACAGUGGAAGCGCACCAUCGGCCGACGUGUAGAUAUGGAAGCGUACGUUUAUCGGCUUGGCCUAGAGUACGCUAGGCUUGUGGCGGACGAUCGGGAGUCGAUGAGUUUUACACUCCUAUGA